AUGGCAUCAACAGCGCCAAUCCCUGUCCUCCUAUGCGGCAAGAUUCCCAGCCAUGUGCAAGCGACGACCGACAUACUCAAGCCGGAAUACAGAGUGAUCAAAGUAUGCACCGAUCCAGCCGAGGCCAGAGCCGCGGUCACGGCGCUGCUGUCUCCGUCGAUUGCAACGCCCAGCAUAGACGGCACGGACUAUCCACGGCCGAGGAUAGUCAUCAUGGGCGGAGGCUACUCGCCCCAAGUUUUCUCAGAGAUCUAUGACAACGUUGAUGGCGCCAAGACUGUUCCCUGGAUCAGGCCGGUCGGCACAAAACCGGAUGGGCCCGGGCUUCCUGCUGGACCUCCGCCGGCAGAGGAGAUAGCGGGACGCGUGCGAAAGGCUCUCGAUGAACAUUCUGAAGAAAUUGAGAAUGGUAAAGGUGCUGGCGAGGUUUGGUGGAUGUGA